GUUAUUUUUAAGUUCUCAUCCACAGCUGUUUUCCAAACAACCUACAAACAUGGAAGAUCCAUCUACAACAGAAAGUGUAGAAAACAGCGGGAAAGAUGCAGAAAAGGUUGAAUUUAAGAAACCAGUUCUUAUAGGCCGGAUAGGUAAACUUCCGAAGAAAGCAAAAACUGACCAAGAAAAGGCGGCGGAAGAAAAAAUCGAUGUUACACCGCCGGAACCUACAUCAGAAUCGAAUGCAAAAAGUUCUCUCCCUCCUGCAGUGUUGUUGAAAGAAUUAUCCACUCCUAUACCUUACAAGGAACCUAAAUGGUCGGGUCUGUGCCCUGAUGGUACAAACUAUGCACUAGAAGUCUUGAAGUCUGGCAUGAUAAUGGAAACAAUAGAGUUGACUAAAAAAGCGUACUACGUGUUUGGGAGACUGGCUAAUUGUGAUGUUGUUAUGGCACAUCCCACUAUUUCCAGACAUCACGCAGUCCUCCAAUACAAAGCAUUUGCUGAAGAAAACGAACGCCCAAGCGGGUGGUACCUUUACGACCUGGGCAGUACGCAUGGCACGUUUCUGAACAAGGAGCAGUUGAAGUCUAGUCAUUACGUAAGGGUCAGAGUUGGACAUCAGAUCAAGUUUGGUACCAGUACAAGGACUUUUAUUGUAUUGGGUCCAGAUUUCGAUUGCGAAGGCGAAUCAGAGCUGUCCGUAACGGAAAUAAAAAAGAAAGCACUAGAAAUGAAGUUGGACAGAGACAGAAUGAUUAAAGAAGCUGCAGAACAGAGGGAAAGGGACAGACAGGAAGAGGAAAAGAAGCGAGAGGAACAGGGCAUCGAUUGGGGGAUGGGCGAAGACGCUGAGGAAGAACCAGAUCUGUCGGAGAACCCCUACGCAUCAACUGGUAACGAGGAGUUGUACUUGACCGACCCCAAAAAGACCUUAAGAGGAUACUGUGAGCGGGAAGGACACGAGUUGAAAUAUGACUGCGAGGAGAGGGGAGUGGGGCAGUUCAUUUGCCGAGCUGAACUCCCUCUAGACGACCCCCAUGGCAGGCCAGUAGUGGCAGAAGUGAUUCACAGAGGCAAGAAGAAGGACGCCGUGGUGCAAUGCGCUUUGGAGGCUUGCAGGAUCCUGGACAGAGCUGGACUGUUGCGGCAGGCUAAACAUGAGUCGCGCCGCCGCAAGGAGCGCGACUGGAGCGCCGACGACUUCUACGACUCGGACGACGACACGUUCCUCGACCGCACGGGCAGCGUGGAGCGCAAGCGCACGCGCCGCAUGCAGCGCCACGGCGCGGCCGAGCGCGCCCGCCCCGCGCAGCCGCUCACCUACGACCUCCUGUUGAAACAAAUAGCGGAAAUAGAAGCCAAAAUAUCUUCUGAAGAAAAAACACUGGAGCGACUGCGCUCUGCCCACAAGCCAGCUCAAACUGAGGACAGCGAUUUGGACGCCCUGGACGAAUACAUGACGUCAUUGGGCAAGCAAGGUCAGAGCAUGGCGGAUAAGGCUGAAAUAUCUAAAACGAAGAUGUCAAUCCAAAAAUUGAAAUCGGAGCUGUCAAAGACUCAGCGACUGGCAGAGAUAGCACGGCCAGCGCAUCUGCCGCCCUUGCUAAAGAAAGAUGAAAGCAAGAUGGCCGUCAAAGUAACCAACUCCGUCGUUUAUGGAAAACGAAUUAAACUAAAAGAUGACAUUGCCAGAAAACCAAAAGUGAAAAAAGAAUCAAAACAGGAAGAGGAAGAAUUCGUCGAAGAAAUUGACUCCGACGAGGAAGAUCCGCAAAGUACAGAAACACAAAGCCCAAGUGAACAAAAUACAAAAGAACAAAGUACACAUUUGCAUAGUACAAAGAUACAAAGUCCAAAUAAACAAAAUACUGAAGUACAAAAUCCUAAAGGUGGCACAGAAAAUACACAACAGAAAACAGAACAGAAAAAAUUAUAUGGACCUAUGAGGCCACCAGAAAAUUAUGUGAUACCAGAAAACUACUUUGACCAGGAGACUGAUAGAGAUCUCCCUGAAAUUCAAGAGAAGGAUGUAGAAUAG